CGUUCGCCUGAUGCUGGCCAUGGAGAAGGAAUUCCAUAAGAUAGCGAGCGGCGCUUCUCUGCAGUUGCACUAUCCACCGGCGGAUCCGGCUCUUGUUGUACAGCCCCAGGGACAUGCUAGGGUGGCUCCUAAGAGAAAGAGCGUGCAGCCUCCUCCACAGAAGAUAACGUCUGGUUCUUCUUCCAAUCCGGCCACUACUCCGUGGCAGGCCAGCUCUACACGGCCCGGGACCAGAGGAGUUGAGAUUGCCUCCGAGAGCGACGAGCCACAGUUCCGCAGAGAGUUGAGAAAGAGGCCUACAGAGAAGGGGCCAGCUGAGGGGCCAUCGCAGAAGAGGAGAAGAGAAGAGGAGGAAGAGGAAGAGGAGGAGGAGGAGAUGCACUUGCCCUUCAGCAGUAGUUCCGACGACACUACCGACGAUCCUGGGUUUAAGGUAGACCCAAGGGAGAGAGAGGACAACGACGAGGAGGACGACGAUGACGAAGACCUUUUUGACGACUAAAGGCUACCACUGAGCUUCAGUUACGUUGCUGUCUUUUGACUUUGAUAUUUGAUACUUUACUUUUUGGAGAUGAGGCCUGCAUGCCCUUUUGACUUUCGGGCAGAUGUGCCUAGUACAUGCUAUUGCUUGUGUGGCUCGGGCCGUUGGGCCGUUUCAAUACAU